CAGGAAUAGAAGCACAAUCUACCCUACCAAUCUACUUUGCACUACAAAACCACACUCUUGGCCCGCGAAUCUGGACUGAGCCCGCUUUCUAGACCACCGCCAGAUAAGCUCGCCAACUAUAUUUGAUCAAGCUACCGGCGUUUUUCAGCCAUUCGACGCCGAACCGAGACUCGCGAUCUUUAGCUGCUCAACACACCGUACCCGCCUGCAUAGGUGCUACCUCACCCAAAGAACUGGGUAGCUCGGUCUUCAAUUGCCGCUAAUUCGGCAGGCAUCCCACCCCUCUUUACAAAUCCAGCAGAUAACGUUCCGAGCAGGAAAGCUGCCAUUCGAAUUAACUCUGCUUACGGCGCCAUCUCUCAAACCUUUCGACUCUGCAAAAACACACCGUGCACUGCAGCUGCUCUAUCGCUGCGCGUUGGCUACUUCGAUAUAGUAUAUACUUUUUAUUACGGCACGCGACUGCCGUUCAAUCCCAUCAUCAUCUCUCCCGCAGCUACAUACAAAUACCUCUCUAUAUACCGACAUUUCAGAGCCAUGGCCACCACUCAGACAACCCAAGGCCAGAUACAACCUUGUAGAUACAAGGUUGGAAAGACGCUGGGUGCGGGUUCAUACUCGGUUGUGAAAGAGUGUGUGCACAUAGACACAGGGCGAUACUAUGCAGCCAAAGUUAUCAACAAACGAUUGAUGGCAGGACGAGAGCACAUGGUUCGCAAUGAAAUCGCCGUUCUGAAGAAGGUGUCCAUGGGUCACCAAAAUAUCCUUACGCUAGUGGACUACUUUGAGACCAUGAACAACCUCUACCUUGUGACAGACCUUGCUCUCGGCGGCGAGCUUUUUGACAGGAUCUGCCGAAAAGGUUCCUACUAUGAAUCAGACGCAGUGGAUCUGAUACGCGCAACACUUUCUGCCGUCGCAUAUCUACAUGACCACGGCAUCGUUCACCGCGACCUGAAGCCGGAAAACCUGCUUUUCCGGACGCCCGAGGAUAAUGCCGACCUCCUAAUUGCCGACUUUGGCCUAUCACGCAUAAUGGACGAGGAACAGUUCCACGUCCUCACGACGACCUGCGGCACUCCCGGCUACAUGGCGCCUGAGAUCUUCAAGAAGACGGGACACGGUAAACCCGUAGACAUCUGGGCCCUCGGCGUCAUUACAUACUUCCUCCUUUGUGGCUACACUCCAUUCGAUCGCGACAGCGACUUGGAGGAGAUGCAGGCCAUUCUAAACGCCGACUACAGCUUCACUCCGAUCGAAUUCUGGCGCGGCGUCUCUGACUCGGCCAAGGACUUCAUUAGGCGCUGCUUGACCAUUGACCCCACCAAGCGCAUGUCAGCGCAUGAGGCGCUCCAACACCCUUUCGUCGCCGGAUAUCUUGCAGACAAGGGUGCCAACCUACUACCGACGGUCAAGAAGAACUUCAACGCGCGCCGUACACUUCACGCUGCCAUCGACACGGUGCGCGCUAUCAACAAGCUCCGCGAAGGUCAGGGUCUCAAUGGACAACGGUUGAUGGCUGGCGUAAAGUCGCGCGAGCCCAACAAGGCGGCUGCUGCUGUUGCUGCUGUUACUGCUGCUGCUAUCCCGACGUCGACUGGUGAUGUGGAUGCCGUCGCUGCUGCAACGCACAAAGACUCCGGAUACGGGAGCACCAGGCCAGACGGCGAUGGCAGCGGAGACGUUGCCAUGGAUGAGGCGCCACCAGUAUCUCACCCGGCUGCACUCAGACCUGGGGUGGAGACGAACAAGGUUGUCGAAACGUCCAAGGGCCUGUGGACCGGCGUUGGAAGCCGGGGAUGAGCUCUUUGCUGUAUGGUAACUUUGGGGCGAUAUCUACUGCCUGUGUUAUUUUUUGAGUCAAUUUUUUGGGUUACUGAGACGGGCGCGUUUGGGGCAUUUACGGCUUUGGCUUUUCUGCUGCGGAGCAGUUUCUUCUUCAUUUCUUUCUUUUCAGCUGUGCUGUUGCUUCUGUGUAUUUAACACAGUCAUGGCUCUUUAAAUAUUGGGACGCUUGAUGAUACCAGAAUAAGAAGCGAAUAUACACCUUGUUCAUCUCUUC